AUGUCCAGGGUGGUAGCUAAUGGAAGCGGUGGAGGAAAUGGAGGAAGGAAAAGAAAUGAAGAACGUCGAAUUCCUCUUCCGCGGCCGCCGGUGGUGACAUCAUCGUCCCCAAGUGAUGAUGAUGAUGUUGACGAAAAUGAAGUUCAAAAUGCUCUUAAAUCCCUGGCUUCCCUGGAAGACCCACUUCCCAUAAAGAGAGGACUGUCAAAUUUCUAUAAUGGAAAGUCGAAAUCAUUUAUGAAUCUGAGAGGCGAAGAAUCGAAGUUGAAAAUGAAAGAAUUGGAGAAACCAGAUUACCAAAUGAAGAGGAAAAGAAGAUUGAUUGUGGAAGAGGCUUUAAGCAGGAAAAUCAGUAGACUCUCCUUACCCGUAAUGAAAUCCAAGAAAGAUGAAGGAAUUAGCAAAAUCAAGAGCAAUGGACAAGAUGAGAGUGACGACCAAUUGAUUUGA